AUGGCCUCUUUAUCCUCAUCUCCAACGUCGACUCGCUUGUGCGAUACCCUCCCGCCUCCUCGUCUUGUGUCUGAGUCAAUGUCCGAAGCGUCUAAUCCUUCCUUACCCUCUGUGGUUCCCGCGACAGUCUUUGAGUUCGAAGGUCCUCUCAUCGACAAUUCAUCGCUUCAGCUCGUGACGAAACCUGAAGCGGCCCACCAUGAGGCAAACCAGUCUCAGCAACAGCCUGCACAGAGGAAGUUGUGCGUACGGCAUCAACGCAUGGCAGACGAAGGGACCAAUCUUAAGCUCCAGCAGGCACUGGAUGCUCUUCCCGUCGAAGAACGUGAGGCCGUAAAUGCUGUGUGGUCCAAUUUCUCGUCCUCGCCCCACCCGCGCCGUGCACUUAUCCUCCAAGGACUUCUUACGAUGUGCUGCUUCUCCCAGCUCUCUCUCCUUUCCGAACACCUUUCUCAUCUCAUCCGCCUUGAUCCUUUCGCUGUUUUACCCCGCGAAGUUUCCCUAAGAGUACUUGGCUACCUCGAUGCUACUUCGCUUUGCCGCGCUGCACAAGUGAGCAGACAAUGGAAAAGUCUCGCCGAUGAUGAUAUUCUAUGGCGAGGGAUUUGCGAGCAGCACAUCGGUCAAAAAUGCCUCAAAUGCGGAUGGGGCCUCCCGAUCUUGGAGAAGCGCCGUAUAACACGCAUGCCGUCUGCCUCUGCCUCGCCCUGUCCAUCUCCCUCUAUUAAUGACCCUGCGAUUUCGCUGAAGAGGCGUGACUUUCCUCCGGAAUGGUCCCAUGCCGAGCCUCCACUGAAGCGUCGACGGCGAAGCGAAGAAGACUCUGCAGCUCCUCCAGAGCAACUUCUGGGCUCUCCGCCAUCUAGUAUGACCUCACGGGCCUACGAGAAAUCACGAUCUGCCUCCCCCCCCUACCCCUCUGCAGAGCGACACACAUCACCCCCUUCACAUGCGCUCACACGACCCUGGAAAGAUGUAUACUGUGAACGUCUACGGAUCGAGCGGAAUUGGCGGCGGGGUCAAUGCACUGUCCGCACGCUUAAGGGGCACACGGACGGCGUGAUGUGUCUCCAGUUUGAUGAGACGCUGUUACAUCCGUCGUUCCCCGUUUUAAUCACCGGCUCGUAUGACCGCACUGCACGAGUGUGGAAUCUCGAGACAGGGACGGAGGUACAUUGUCUGACUGGCCACACACGUGCCGUGCGCGCGCUGCAAUUCGACGAGGCAAAGCUUAUCACCGGGAGUAUGGACCACACUAUGCGCGUCUGGAACUGGCGGACGGGCCAGUGUCUGCGGACGCUUGAGGGGCAUACGGAAGGUGUGGUAUGUCUGAACUUUGACUCAAGUCUGCUUGCCAGUGGCAGCGUCGACACCACAGUUAAAGUCUGGAACCUCAAGACGGGCGAAUGCUUCACGCUGCGUGGGCACUGUGACUGGGUUAACGCAGUGCAGCUGUGGGAUUCGAACGAAAGCAGCGCUAACAUUUCUACUUCUUCCCUUUUCGAGAGCAAAACAGUCGUCGCCUCGGGCAGCACCACACCCACACCCACGAUCGACACCGGCAAAAUGCUCUUUUCGGCGUCGGAUGACGGUACGAUUAGGCUUUGGGACUUGUCGCUGCGAUCCUGCGUCCGCUUGUUCAAGGGCCACGUAGGGCAAGUUCAGAGUCUGAAGUUGCUCGUGGUUGAUGAAGAUUGCAACGACGUGCCCGUGCCCGUGCCCGAUGUCUCGGUCAGUUACAAUACCCGCCAGCUACAAUCACGACCCACGAGUGCUAGCGGCGUCAAGCGACAGAAGCGCGUUCUCAUUUCAGGGAGUUUAGACAACACGAUCAAGCUAUGGGAUAUCGAUUCGGGCAAGGUGGAGGAAACGCUAUUCGGGCAUAUCGAAGGCGUUUGGGCCAUUGCGAGCGAUAAACUACGUUUGGUCAGCGGUAGUCAUGACCGAACGAUCAAGGUAUGGGUGCGCGAGGAGGGUCGGUGUAUGGCUACGCUGGUGGGCCAUCGAGGUGCGGUGACGUGUUUAGGCUUAGGUGAAGACAAGAUCGUGUCAGGCAGUGAUGACGGGGAUUAUUGUGCGGAUUCAUUGUGUCCAAACAGGAAAAGAGAUAAGACUAUUCCCACACCAACAGCGCUCCUAGCUCCUAUUGGAAGCAAAGAAGAUCGACACUCAGCAGUACCCCCACUAGCAGAGAAACCUUCUCCUGUACCAUCAUACCUUACUCCUACUGCAGUGUCAUCCAGUAGAAGUGUAGUAGCCCCUACACCCCACACAUCACCACUCCAGUUAACAACCAAACCCUUACCAAGUGAAUCGACAGACACCAGUCCCACAGUUAGAGCCAGUUUCUUUUCAGGAAUCUUCAACUCACCUGAACCAGUCAACCCACCAGCCCCAGUAGAGGAACAAACCCUAGUUCCUAUUCCAACAGAACCUAAACCAGAACUGCCCAGAUCUCCAGUCAAUCCCAACCCAGAAGAAGAUCCUGCUCACAGGCACCCAAACAACCCAGAAGAUGAUAACCUGGAACCCAGUGACCAAGAAGACGAAGGAGACAUGUCUGACAACAAUAGUGGAGUGGUAAACAAGCCCAAUCAAUUUGAAGGAGACAAAGGAAAGAGUAAGGAAUUCCUGGAUGAGUUAUACCUGUACUUUGCCAGGAAUUCCAAGAAGAUUCAAACCGAUAAAGAUAAGGUUCAAUGCACUCUUUCAUAUAUCAAAGGACCUGCCCAAUUCUUCAUUCAUACCAUCAUCACUGAUACAGAAGAACCCAUAUCUGAUUUAGAAGACACCCCCCUCAAAGGAUUACCUAGUUGGGCUAACUUCAGAAAGUCCUUCAUCCAGACCUUUGGAGUGGAGGAUGAUACUCAAGCAGUGUUAAAUGAAAUCAGCAAAUGUACUUGGGUGAAAUGCGGAGGAAAUGGCCUUCAAUUUGUUACAACCCUUCGACCACUCUUACAGGCUAGCGGUUUAAACGAGCUAGGGCAGAUCCAAGAGCUCCAGCGUCUCAUUCCCCCUGCUCUUCUAAUCAAGAUUGCUGCUCAACCGCCCCUACCAGUCACAGCGGUAGGAUACCUCAACAGUGUCCAAUCUAUCUGCCAAUCUAUGAUCGAUAUCUUUGGUGAUAAACCUUUAUUCAUGCCAUCUGCCAACCGCCCUUUCAGUUGUAACAAGUUUGUGCGUCGCAAUCGGGCAGUCAAGACUAGAGAUAGACCAUCAAAGGAAGUACCACCUAACGAUCAGCGGAUCAGAUGUCUGUCAGAUAGAGAUCACAAGGAGCACAUGGAGAAGAAGUUAUGUUUCAGAUGUCACAAACCUGGACACCAGAGCUGUCAAUGCCUGAAUAAUCGCAUCAGAGCAAUUGAAACACAUGACACGUCCAUUCAGGAGAAGGAUGAGACCAAGGAUUCCUCUGACAAGGAAGGAAUAGCUGAAGAAUACAUCCAGGCUAUAUCCUCUGAGAAGGAUUUUUGA